AUGGGACAAGGCGUUUCUUCAGGACAAGAUAAGAAGAAGAAGAGAGGUAGCAAGGAGAAAUCCAAGUAUGAGCCACCAGUGCAGUCGAGGUUUGGGAGAAAAAAGAGAAGAGGUGGUCCAGCAACCGCUGAAAAGUUGCCCACAGUCAAUCCGAGCACACGUUGUAAGCUGAAACUGUUAAGGAUGGAACGAAUCAAAGAUCACUUGUUGCUGGAGGAAGAAUUCGUUACGAAUUCGGAGAUCCUUAAGCCAAUCGAGAAGAAGCAGGAAGAGGAGAAAAAACAACUGGAGGAGAUUAGAGGUAAUCCAUUGAGUAUUGGUACUCUGGAAGAGAUUAUCGAUGACGAUCACGCUAUUGUGACGAGCCCUACGAUGCCUGAUUACUACGUCUCGAUCCUAUCUUUCGCUGACAAAGAGUUGCUGGAACCAGGCUGUUCCGUUCUGCUGCAUCACAAAACAAUGUCGAUCGUCGGAGUGUUACAGGAAGAUACCGAUCCGAUGAUCUCUGUCAUGAAGAUCGACAAAUCUCCAACGGAAUCGUACAGCGAUAUCGGAGGCUUGGAGAAUCAGAUUCAAGAAAUUAAGGAAGCAGUCGAAUUGCCGCUUACACACCCCGAACUUUACGAAGAGAUGGGUAUCAAACCACCAAAGGGUGUUAUACUCUACGGAGCACCAGGUACCGGUAAGACUCUACUUGCAAAGGCAGUGGCUAAUCAGACUUCCGCGACCUUCCUGAGGAUUGUCGGUUCGGAGCUUAUUCAAAAAUACCUGGGCGACGGUCCAAGGCUCUGCAGACAGAUUUUCAAGGUCGCGGCCGAGAACGCUCCAAGUAUCGUCUUCAUAGAUGAAAUCGAUGCCAUCGGUACAAAGAGGUAUGACUCGAACAGCGGGGGUGAAAGGGAAAUUCAAAGAACUAUGCUGGAACUUCUGAACCAGCUGGAUGGCUUUGACGACAGAGGUGACGUGAAAGUCAUCAUGGCCACGAACAAGAUCGAAAGUUUGGAUCCCGCGCUUAUUAGACCUGGCAGAAUAGACCGCAAGAUCCUUUUUGAAAACCCAGACUUGGGAACAAAGAGAAAGAUAUUAGGCAUUCAUACUUCAAAGAUGAGCCUGAGCUCGGAUGUACAUUUGGAAGAACUAGUGACGUCAAAGGACGAUCUAUCAGGCGCUGAUAUACAGGCAAUGUGCACCGAAGCAGGUUUGCUUGCACUCAGAGAGCGGAGAAUGCAAGUCACAGCAGAGGAUUUCAAGCAGGCUAAAGAGCGUGUCUUGAAGAACAAAGUGGAAGAAAACUUGGAGGGUUUAUACCUGUGA